CGCGCUCGAUUCGUGAAUUAAUAAUUCAAGGUUCAACGUUUUGAAAUCAAAGCCAAUUAAAGGGUAAAUAAAAUGUCAUCUUGUUUAAGAAGAAUUCUUCAAUUUAACAUUCUGUAUCAGAAGACAAGAUUGAAAUGCACAAGAAUGAUUUAUUCCGGUGCUUCACUUUACAAAGAACGGCCAUCAAACGAAUCUCUUAUCAACUGGAAGAAGCUCCCUGCCCCAAAAAAGCCCGAAAAGGAUUUCUGGUCGGAGAAAAGAGCGCUGUUCGGCGAGAACGACUACAAGGACAUUCUCGGGGACGGCACGUACUCCCUGCGCAAGAACAUUAAGGUGGGACCGUGGUGGAUGCGAGGAUGGAAGGGUAAUGAGCUCCAGAUGUUGAUCCGAAAGAGAAAGCUGGUUGGGUACCAGAGUGGACCAGAAUCUAGACACAACAUGAACAAAAGGAUCAAGUAUCUCUUUAAAUUCAUGAACAGGAACAAGGGCAAGUGGUAUUACUACGGAGAUCGCUGAUCAAUAUUGGUCUAGCAAAGAUAAUUGGGACUUGGAUAUCAUGAACUAUGGAUUUUCAUAUUACACAUCACUUCAUGGGUCAGCUAUGACCAGGGACGUGAGAGGGAAACAGUUCAGAAAGAGGAGUAGAGUUUAAACGCAACCUUAACAAAAAAAAUCAUUAAUGAGCAGAAGUCCUAAAUGUGUGCUCAUAGUUGGUUGAAAAUUAGAUUGUGUAUGAUUUUUAGAGUUGCAUUUGAUAAAACUCAUCCUGUUACAAGCCCCCGACCUAUAGGUCUGGUCAUGAAUGUGAAGAAAAGUAUUAUGGAAAUGAUUUAUGAAUAAGAUUUUGGAAUUGCCAAAAUGAUCAGAAUUCAUGUUGUGAGUCACAACACAAGGAAUUUAUGGGUAUUGGCCAGAAUAAGUGAAUAUUUCAGCCAAGUGUUUUAUUCUUCCACUUUAUAAUUUGAAUUCUUUUUAGCAUCUUUUUUAUUUAAAAUUGAAUCAUUGAGCUUGAGUCCCCUCUAUACACCCAUAUGCAAAGAAAAGAUUCAAAUUGCACUACAACUAAAAAAGAAUGGUCGGACUGUAUUCCACCUGUCAAUAGUUGUAAUGGUCUGUAUUCUGUCAUCAGUUGAACACCUUUUAUUGUGCCAGGCUGGCCACGAUUCCUUCAAAUUAAAGUGGAAAAGAAAACUGCACUUUGAAUUUCAGCAGCAGGUUCAUCUUUAAUUGCUGAUAUUUGCAUGAUGUCAGAUAUUGUGUCAAUUAUGGACAGAAGUUUUAAUCUGUCAGCAGAAGUAACAAAAUUAACAUUGACUUGACACUAAUUUGAAAUUAAAACUAGUUUAAUCA